AGCAGCAGAUAGAUUCUCAUUGUUUGCCGUUUCCAGUUUCCAGUAAUGGGAACGAUUACUUGAUCCAGCCAGUUUCUGUGGGAGAUCUGGGAUAACUUACAAAUUUUCAUGGCAAAUUUUUAUCGGUUUCCAUAAAGAGCCAACGGAAAAAAAAGACCAUAACCUGGUUUUGGUACCUGGAGACAUCACCUCUGAUAAUGAAUAUUGUUUGAUUUUUGGGGUUAAGUGUCUGUUCUUCAGGAACGAGAUGUAUCUUGCUCUUCUGGUGAUUUUCUUGCAGUGUUCAGAACUCUACACUCAGGAUAAAGUUUUUACUUUCAACACAGUUGAAAUCAAGGUUGAGCCAUCUGUCAAAGUGAGGAAUGGAGCUCCCAUGUCAAUUAUCUGCCACGCUGAUAUCAGCAAAAGUGCUGAUUUCCAGCUGAAGUAUAAUUUUACGAUUUUUAAGGACCGCAAGCUCGUGUUUAUGACUGUGUCAGACACAGGAGAUGCACGGUAUGAAGUACCUGUGGCCAAAUCUUCAGACACAGGAGACUAUCAGUGUGCUGUGAAAGCAGAUAAAAAGACAGGAUCGAGUGACCCCGUCCACGUUUGGGUAACAGGAAUGACCAAGCCAACCCUGACUGCUGACAAAAGAGAUGUUUUGGAGGGUGAAGUUGUGAAGUUACGUUGUGAGCUGCCUGAAGAAGAACCUCCUUUACAGUUCUGUUUCCGAAAGAUAAAGACAAAUUCAACGCCUAGAGAAACAUGUGUACCUGAACCUUACACAAAUUUUUCUGUACUGGAGGUUUCUGUUGAAGAAGGAGAUAAUAUUUUACAAUUUGACUGUUUUGGUAGGAGAAAUGUAAAACUUGAAUGGGAAGACUCAGCACACAGCAACAAAACCCUCGUUACAGUCAGGGAACCAUUUAUAAAGCCCACUCUGACCACCGUGCCCUCAAGUAAUGUUACAGAAGGAGACCAAAUACAAUUUGAAUGCUCAACUGUAGUAGUUCGAAUGCGUGACAUUGAAAUCAUCCUCCAGAAAAACAAAUCAAUACUGAACAGUGUACAAGAUAAGAAGCUUCUGAGAUACUCCACAGUAGCUACUCUAGAGGACAGUGGUGAAUACUUGUGUAAGGUGGAGCAAGGGGGAGCAUCUAAAACCACCAAACUGAAUGUUGUCGUGUCAGAGUUAUUUCCCAAGCCAACACUGGUUGCUUCUAUGACUAAGCUGGAUAAGAAUAAAGAAUUAAUUUUGAAUUGCAGCAUUAAUGGUUUUCAGAAAGCUAACUUCUCUAUCCUACGGAAAAACGCCAACGGAGACAUCCCACUGAAAAGUUCUCAAACCUUAAAAAUGAGAGUUAAUGUGAAUGAUACUGGAUCUUAUACCUGUAAAGCUGAAGUAAAAGGAAUAGUCAAGGAGAGCAAACCUGUAAGGAUAAAUGUUUAUGCUCCAGUCUCCAAGCCAACUCUUUCCGUCGCCGGCGGUUUGCCGGAGGUGGUGCUGGGGAAGCCUCUGCAGCUGAUCUGCCACUCAGUGAUGGGAACACCACCAAAAACCUUCAGGUUCUACAAAGGAGAUGACGUCGAGAAAAUAGUCAUUAAUGACACAUAUGCUACGUUCUUGGAUGAAAAUAUCAGACUAAAUGACCAAAGAGGAUACAGAUGUGAUACCAGAAAUAAUCACUCCAGUGGUGUGAAAACCAGCGAUGUCCUGAAUGUCACAGUAAUAGUGCCAGUCAGGGAUGCCAGCUUGGGCAGUUUUCCAUAUGGAGAAGUGGAAGAUGGGAGUGAGAUUGCUUUUCUCUGCUCUGUGAAAGAAGGGUCUUUGCCAAUCCUGUUCAGGUUUUUUAAAAAAACUGAUAAUGAGGUUCUUCUGUUUGAAAAAAUUGAACAUAGAGACAGAGCCAUGUGGCACAAGAAAACAAUGAAGAGGCAGGACACGGGGACAUAUUAUUGCAUGGCCUCGAACCGAGCCAACGUGGACGUGAGGAGCCAGCCCAUAACUGUCAGUGUCAUCUUGGCAGCUUGGAAGAAAGGAGUCAUUGCUGCAUUGGUCCUGGUAACCAUUGCAGGAGCGGGAGCACUUGCCUUAUGGUGGUUUUUGCGUAAGAAGAAAAAGACUAAAGGACCAUCCAUGGAGAUGUCUGGUUCAGCCUUGGCUGCAAACUUGACAAGUGAAAAACUGGCAAGACAGCCCAAUGAUGGAGACUAUUAUUCAGGAUCAGGUUACAUUGAAGAUAGUGAAAAUCACAUGAAAUCAACAGAUGAGAGUAAAGGACCUGACCUUGAGAGUGCUGAGGUGGAGUACACUGAAGUUGAAGUAUCAACGCUUGAUCCUCACAGAGGUACCUUUGCAAGAUCUUAUUUGGCCCUGAAAAUUGUAUUCUACACCGGAUUUCUGCAGUACGUUAUUUUCCUGGCAAGGAAUUGGAUUAGGAAGUAUAAUGCUCCUGAGAACUUGCCUCUUAAAGGAAGACUCUCUUGUCCAGUAACAGCUCGUACCCUCGGGAGAGACUUCUGCUCUAACCCAUAAUCAAAAAGCUGUCAAACAGAUUCUAUGGAAAACAGGCAUUCUAGAAUAUCAGGGCAUCCUGAUGCUACUUAGAACAGUCAUCUCAAAGAUCAGCUGGGAGAAGAAAACAAGCCAAGAUGGAAGAUGUUGCAAAUGUUUCAAAGGCUCUGCAGCAGUUAUUUAUGAGUUUGCCAGACUCUUCUUUUCAAAGUUUAUUUCCUUAGGGGGAACAAUAGAGAUGUUCCUAAAGCAUUUAAUGGAAAAAAUUGCGAAUAAAAAUUCUCAUAGGAAAGUGGCUCUAGAAACCACUGACCCAGGUUCUCAUUUUUAUUUUCUCCUGCUAAUGCAAUUUUGCCUUUUUUUUGCCUCCAAUUCAUCAUUCUCUGAGGAAACAAAAGGGGAAGUUACAGCUGAGGAAGCACAUUUCUACAGUGCAGUGACUACUGGGAUGCCAGUAGGACGUAGAAAUAUCUAAGCUUGCUUUGAACUUGCUACCUUGGUUAUCAGUGACACUUCUGUGGCAGAGCAGAGCUCAGCACAGCUUGGCCAGCCAUGGAUGUACUUUCUGAUCCUGCAGCUUGUGCUGAACUCCCUGUGCUGCAGCAGCUGGACUGCUACCAGGCUUGGAGCCAGCUCACUUAUAGCCCUGGGGAUGCUUCACUGCAGGGAGGGCCUGACAGAAGAGAGAGCUCUGGGUGCUCGAAAAACUUGAAUAACUGUUGGGAGAUUCAGACUUUACCAAGUGCUUCUAUCAGGAGGGGCACAAAUAGUCUUUAUUCUUUGCUAAACUGCUUUUCCCCUGUAGAAGGUCUGGUGCUUGUUGGUUAGUUUGGUGUGAUGGUUCUUCAAGAAAUGAUUGUCCAUCACAGUUGUUUUGGAUGAUUCUAUGAUAGGUCUUCAGGGAGUGGAUAUACUGCACCCAGGUCAGUGAGUUUAUACCUGAAAAUCCUGUUAUGUAUAAUCCUUAUUCCUUUGAUUUUAGGAGCGAUCUGAAGUCAUACUUGUGCCCAGUUUCUCCAGUAUGGAACUCCAUACCUAACCUUUUUCUGUAUAGCAUGAUAAACCACUAACAUGGAUCCAGUCUGGACCUGGAUCUAAUCUCUGCAGCCCAUGUUUAUCUCAGCUGCAUUAGUUUAAAAAAAGAACAUAAAACAAACCAGAAAAAAUGCUGUCCCUAGCCCCAUAACCAGCUGACCUUUGGCACUGCAAUUGCUCUCCUUUUCUUACUGCAGAUUAAAUUACCACAAGAUCUGGGCCACAGGUAAGAAGGUUCUCAUUUUAAUUAGAAAAUAGUGAAAGAGAGGCCAUGGAUUGUGUAUACAUACAUAGUUACUGCUUUAAGCAUUGCAUCAAGGGUGCAAAACAACCACAAAACACAAAAGGGUUUUAUAUCCUCAUUCCAAGUGUUUAAAUUUUCAAGCUCCAGUUACUGGCUAAUAUCUCUAAUUUAUUGUUCCCUGUGCAAAUGUUGUUUGUAUCACAAGCCUGUCACAACUGACUGACUUCACAGCUCUUUCUGUUGACAAAUGUUCCUUCAGCAUCCCACGAGUGUCCAUGCAAAUGCCUUAGUAUAAGGAAUGUGAAAAGGUAUUUUAAUAAAGAAAACUCUGAAUUGAA